GCGGGAUGCGGGCUCGGCCCGCCCCGCCGCCCUCGCCCCCGGCCGCAGCAUGAGUGUGGCCGGCGAAGCGUACCUCUUCAUAAAAGACAUAAAGCCCGGGCUGAAAAACUUAAACGUCGUCUUCAUCGUGCUGGAGAUCGGGCGAGUCACCAAAACCAAGGACGGGCACGAGGUGCGCUCCUGCAAGGUGGCGGACAAGACGGGCAGCAUCACCAUCUCCGUGUGGGACGAGAUCGGCGGCCUCAUCCAGCCGGGGGACAUCAUCCGCCUCACCAAGGGGUAUGCAUCUCUCUGGAAAGGAUGUCUGACGCUUUACACAGGACGAGGAGGCGAACUGCAUAAAAUUGGGGAGUUCUGCAUGGUGUACUCAGAAGUGCCAAACUUCAGUGAGCCCAACUCUGAACACCUCGGGCAGAACAAACUGGCACAGGGUGAACAGAAUAAUAGUUCUACGUCAAGUAAUAUGAGUUCUUGUACUUUUGGGCCACUGGGAAAUGGUUUGCAAACUGGACCUGAAUCAAGUGGAUUUCCAUUUGCAUAUAAUCAUGGCCACUCUUAUACAGGUAGCGGGAGAGGCAAUGGACGAGGACCUGUAAAUCCAGCAACAGCUAAUAGCGUUCAGCCUCCUCUCCCUACCGUCAAUAAUGGGAGGGACCCACGCAGAGCCUUUAAAAGAUGACUAUGCCAAAUGUGGUUCUACAGCUUGCUUAAACUGUACACUGUACUUGAACACUUUUAUUGCACUUUUAUUUAUGGUUAACUGUGAACCAGUUUGUCCUUUAUUAUUGUUUUUUACCUUUUGGUCUACAGAGCAAACUUGAUGUGACCUCUUGUUUUGUUUAGGGAAGCACAGUGAUUCUUCCCCGAAAGUUAAGGGGGCAAAGGGAGAAAGUGGAUGAAAGAAAGGGUAACAGUUUGAAGAGUCUUAAUUAAAACUCAGCACCUUUUGGUAAAUGGAAGAAUUUUGGUUACAUGUAUGUAUUUUUUUUUUUUUUGUUUCUAUUGGUCAGCCAUAUAGCCUUAAAAGGUCUAUAAUGUCCUAUGCGCACAUGUGACUUCCAUUAAAGUGAAUGGGAGUUCCUUAUUUUGGAAGGGAAGUGAAAGAGGGGUAAAUGUGUCUUUAUGAACUAAAGGUCCUUCAAAUGAAAAUAGCUUGUAAAAGCAAUAAGUAUAAAGAAAUGACCAGUGCCAGCACCUAGUGAUAUCUCCUAUAUCAGUGAAUGGGCAGCUCAGAUGAAAGCUGAAGUUAUGGUAAGUGUCUUGAAGCUUGAUUUCUGAUUCUAAAAAGGGGUAUGCUGUUUCUUGGACUAGAAUAUUUAAAGAAGAGUUCUGCAUAAUACACCAUCUCAUUGGCAAAGGAAAGCCACAUUGUUUUUUUUUUUUUUUUUUUGGGUAGAGGCUUGCAUAUUCAUUCUUGCUUUACAUGCAGGAAUAGGAGAGGAGUAUUUAAAUUAAAAAGGACAUUGAGAAUAAGCUGUUAGUAGCUAGUUCUGGUGUAAAAGCCCAAAGUUACUUUACAGGACUCUUAAUCUCCAGGAAGAAAUGAGUUUCAAGAACUGUUUUCAAACCGUAUGCUCCCCAUCUUAUUGGGGCUGCCAACUUCUCCUUCCUUUACUCACUUUUCCAAAUCAAUUAUGUGUUAGAACAAGCUGUAUGUGUUGAUUGCAAAGGCGCUGGCUGAGCACAUAGCUGCACUUUUCAUGCUGUUAAGCUGCUAAGCUUUCCUUCCUCUGUUUUAUAUGAAUUAUCCCUUAAAGAACUUAGAAAAUACCAUAUCCCCUGAGCAAAAUAGCUGCAUUUUAAUUUGAGAUUACAAAUGCCUUGAUUCUAGGUUAGAGUCCAGUGCCAGACUUCAGGCUCAAAAAAAAUUUUGGAAGCUAUGAGGAGAUGUACUAGAUUUGUCUUAUUUCUUCUUAAAGCUGACCUUUCUAAGUUGCACUGAAUCUUCUCAAAAACAAAUCUAACUUUCUGUCAAGCUGUAAAGAUUUCAUAGCAAAAGGCUACUUCUGAAAUACAAGUUUUCUGUGGUCAUUCAUGUUAAUUGAAUCUGUUCUUAAGUUACUGAUGUUUACAAAUUAUUUUACAUUUGAUAUUUCUGUUUUUGAUACUCUAGUAUCAUGAUUUGUUGAAAAAUACCUUUAGUGAAUAUUCCUUGCUUGGUCUGAAGUAGUGAGCUUUAUUUUAAAAAGCAAGCAGCACCAAUAAGAACUUUCUGAAAGGAGGCUUAGAGAGACCUGUGUGCCAAGACAUUUGAAAGCUAUUUGCCUUUGAUCUGGUGAAGUGCUACCCUGAUAGCUACUUAAGGUGAAACUGGCAAAGUUUGUCCUGAACAGAAAAUAGCAUGAUGUGCAACACCUCACAAGCUCACCUGUUAGUGCUGUUAGGAAGAAUAGUGCUAAUUGGUAAACCAUAAAACAUGCAAUGAGUUUUGGAGAAAUAGUGUAAGGAGGUGAUGUGUAACUCAGGGACUUUAAAUUGUCUAAUUAUUUUUGUAAGAAGUCAUGUAUAGAAUCCAGAUGCAGGCAACAACCUUUUUUGUACUGUAUGUUAAGACUUUUGGUGUGCUUGUGAGAAGAAAGCAAAGAGAACUUCUAAACUCUAAAGUAUAAUGGAUGUGUUCUAAAGAUAAAUGAGAUAUGGUAUAAGAGCCCUGCUUUCCAAUAAUAACUGUAAAGUUAUUAAAAGAACGGUGGAAGUGAUAGGAUAAUGGGGACUUUGUUUUCAUCAGGAUUUCUCAGCAACAGGUCUUUGAAAUUCUGAUCUCAACUUCUCUAAACAUAAGAGGUUGGAGUGGUGGGGAACUCUGCUUUAGUAUGUAUGGAGGCACCUGAUUACAGCUCUAUGCAUUUGAGCUUUAUUAAACUUUAAUAAACAGAAAGCUUGUUCACAAAUACAGAAUAUAAUGUGAAAUGUUUACUGCUGAUGAACAGCAUAAGACUUCACUAUUUACUGUCAAGUGGAUGAUCUGCAGUUGGGAAGAAAAAAAGGCAAGAAGAUCGGUCUUCAUGUUUUUAAGGUUAGUAGCAUUCCUGCCUUCCUGUUUCUUAUGUGAAACUGUUUCAGUUUUAAUAAUAAAUUUUUACUUCUUUGCAGGGGAAAUCUGUGCCCUGAAAAAUCACAUGGACUUAAAGUAAAUGUAAUCAUUGUAGCUUUUGAAGGUCCUCUGAUCUUCCAGUGAUUCUAAGACAAGAAAUUUGCUUCCCUAAGAGGUAUCAGUGUCAUGAUAGUGAGAUCUCGUCUUGCAAAGGCAUCUGGAAGCCUGCCUUACAUCUCUUUGGAGCAUACCACCUUGGUGACCGGAGUUUUGUACAAAAGUUUCUUGGUCAUUAUGUAAACAAGCAGUUGCCAUGCAUUACUUUGACACUGUAAUCCAGUUCACGGGGACCUGGUGCUUAAGUUAGGGAAUCUCUUUACAAAAUACCCCCAAAAGAAAUCUGUAAAAACUGUUAGUGUGUAGUCUUAUUCUAGAUGGUGCAAGUUGCUAAGUGAAGAAUGGAGGGCUUCACUUGCCCAGAUACAAACCACACAACUUUGAAAUACAUGUGAGCAGUCAUGAUACAUGUGAGUCAUCGGACCCAGCUGACAUCACAUCUUGAGUCUCCUUUUGUCCACUACAAACACUUACAUUGCAGACUCCAGCAAUACAGGAGUGGAGUGAGUUUUGCUGAAUGUCUGCUGGAGUCCUUCAUAUUUCACUUCUGCCCUUUCUCAGCAUGAAUCUUUCCCUGUGAUUCCAAAAGCAGAUUUCUUAGGUCUUGCUCCAAAAUAGCAAUUCUGCAGUUAAACACUGUCUUAACCUUGAAUAUGUGCUAGGACCAUGCAUUGUACAGCUGCAGUAAAAAUAGGAAGGUACUGCAAGUAACAAACAUAAAUGGUGGACCAAGGCUUGUGAUUAUAUGAUUGCUGCUUUCAUAACUCACCUAAGUAGCUUUGGUCUUAAAUGUGGCUAUUGGCAGCCAUGUUUACUCAAAUGGUAUUAUUCUACAACACAAAUUCCAGCAGGAGUAUGCAUCUAGCAGAUUUUGUGCAAAGCUAAAGACUGUAUGAAACAUCUUUUCUACCUCUGCAGU